GCACACAGAACAGAAGCAAGCUCCAACUACAUUGGAUCCGAACUUUCAGCUUCAUGUAUUUGUGCCCCGGAAAAAGUAGAAAAUUAUCGAACACCCCAAACAAAUGGGAAGGCCUGUCAUCCAAUUAACUGCACUCUGCCACCACCUCUCACUCACGCUACCGUUCCUGCGCUUUCCUUUUCCUUUUCUUCACCUUACUUCCUCGCUCAUCGUUCCACCACCGCAGCUAUUUCUCAGGGAGGGAAGCUAGCCUUCUCAAAACUAUGGAUCGUCUUGCCGGUAAUGCACGGCUCAUGAUUGUCUCAGAUCUUGAUCAUACAAUGGUUGAUCAUCAUGAUCCUGAGAAUCUGUCUCUGCUUAGAUUCAAUGCUUUAUGGGAAUCCAAUUACCGUAAUAAUUCCUUAUUGGUGUUCUCAACUGGGAGGUCACCCACACUGUACAAGGAGUUAAGGAAAGAGAAGCCCAUGCUAACCCCUGAUAUCACAAUAAUGUCUGUGGGAACUGAAAUAACUUAUGGUAACUGUAUGAUACCAGAUGAGGGUUGGGUUGAAUUUUUAAAUAAGAAGUGGGACAGGAACAUAGUAUCCGAAGAGACAAGCAAGUUUCCUGAACUCACUCUUCAGUCGGAGACAGAACAACGACCACAUAAGGUAAGUUUCUAUGUCCAGAAAGACAAGGCCCAAGAAAUCAUGAAAGCUCUUUCUACAAGCUUGGAAAAACGCGGGUUGGAUGUCAAAAUAAUUUACAGUGGUGGAAUGGACUUGGAUAUAUUGCCUCAAGGAGCUGGCAAAGGGCAAGCACUUGCUUAUUUGCUGAAAAAAUUCAAAGCCGCUGGUAAAUUACCUCAUAACACCCUUGUUUGUGGUGACUCCGGAAAUGAUGCUGAACUAUUUAGCAUUCCAGAUGUACAUGGUGUUAUGGUCAGCAAUGCACAGGAAGAGUUACUGCAGUGGCAUGCUGCCAAUGCAAAAAAUAAUUCUAAAAUAAUUCAUGCGACAGAGAGAUGUGCAGCUGGCAUAAUACAAGCGAUUGGUCACUUUAAGCUGGGUCCAAGUACAUCUCCAAGAGAUGUUAUGGACUUAUCUGACACUAAGAUGGAGAACUUUGAUCCAGCUUAUGAAGUAGUGAAAUUUUACUUGUUCUACGAGAGGUGGAGACGUGCCGAAGUUGAACAUUCUGAGCAUUAUUUAGCUAAUCUAAAAUCAGUUUGUUGUCCAUCUGGCACUUUUGUACAUCCAUCUGGAAUUGAGAAGUUACUUCGUGAUUGCGUAAACUCACUGAAAACGUGUUAUGGGGACAAACAAGGGAAACAAUUUCGGGUUUGGGUGGAUCAGGUUUUGCCUGCACAGGUUGGUUCUGACUCAUGGCUGGUGAUAUUCAAGAAAUGGGAGCAAUCUGGUGAGGUGCGGCAAUGUUGUCUGACCACUGUUCUAUUAAGCUCAAAGGAUGUAAGUGUUGCACAAGGGCUGACUUGGGUUCAUGUACACCAGACAUGGUUGGAUGGAGCAGGUCCAAACAGUCACACAACCUGGUUGUUUUAAGGUGCCCUCAUGUGUUGUAUCAGAAUAAAUUCUGCCACAUCAUGGCUUUGGCUUUGCUAUUGUUAUUUGCUCAUGUUUCUGCAAGAUUCAUAUGUACCAUGAAACCACAUGAAGAUGGGCUCUUAGCUGUUUGUACUUUAUUUUCUAAAUAAAAUAUAAAAAUUGCACUGAUA